GCAGCUGGAGGAGCGCGCCGUUCAGCAGAUGUACAGUGCCGGGAAGUUGAUCGUAGUCUGUCCGCAUAGAGCGCCCUGCGAGCGGGCAGCGGACCCCGCGACUUUCCGCUUCCUCCCAACAUGCUACUUCUGACCGGACCGCUCCUCCUGCUACUGCUGCCCGCCUGCCUGGCGCCCGUUCCCCGCACCGUCUACUCCAACCAUUGGGCUGUGCGAGUGCCCGGGGGAACGGAGGUGGCGGCGCAGCUGGCUGACAAGUACGGCUACCUGAACCUCGGCAAGAUUGGAAGCCUUGAAAAUUAUUACCACUUUUAUCACAGCAAAACCAUUAAACGGUCAACUUACAGCAGCCGUGGGACACACAGCUUUCUGCAGAUGGACCCAAAUGUAAAGUGGAUGCAGCAGCAGCAAGUGAAGAAAAGGGUGAAGAGGCAUAUUCGAGCAGAUUCCAGCCUUAUGUACUUUAAUGACCCCAUCUGGUCUAACAUGUGGUAUCUGCACUGUGGGGAUAAAAGCAGCCGUUGCCGAUCAGAAAUGAAUGUCAUGGCUGCUUGGCAGAGAGGGUACACUGGCAAGAAUGUGGUGGUCAGCAUCUUGGAUGAUGGUGUGGAGAAAAGUCACCCAGAUCUCAUUCACAAUUAUGAUCCAUAUGCCAGCCAUGAUGUGAAUGGAGAUGACCAGGACCCAAGUCCACGAUAUGAUGCCAGCAAUGAAAAUAAGCAUGGCACUCGUUGUGCUGGCGAAGUGGCUGCAUCUGCCAAUAACUCCUACUGCAUAGUGGGCAUUGCUUAUAAUGCCAGGAUUGGUGGAAUCCGCAUGCUAGAUGGGGACGUGACGGAUGUCGUUGAAGCGAAGUCCCUCGGCAUCCGGCCUGACUACAUUGACAUUUACAGUGCAAGCUGGGGCCCUGAUGAUGAUGGGAAGACUGUGGAUGGCCCUGGACCUUUGGCCAAAAAAGCCUUUGAAGAAGGCAUUAAGAAGGGGCGUAAAGGGCUUGGCUCAAUUUAUGUCUGGGCAUCAGGUAACGGUGGUAGAGAAGGAGAUUACUGCUCCUGUGAUGGAUAUACCAACAGCGUCUACACCAUCUCCAUAAGCAGCACCACAGAGAAUGGUUACAAGCCUUGGUACCUGGAAGAGUGUGCCUCCACCCUUUCUACAACAUACAGCAGCGGAGCCUUCUACGAGAGGAAGAUAGUUACAACAGAUCUCAGACAAAGAUGUACGGAUGAUCACACCGGGACUUCAGUUUCUGCUCCUAUGGUUGCUGGUGUUAUUGCUCUGGCUCUGGAAGCGAACCCGAUGCUGAACUGGAGAGAUGUCCAGCAUCUCUUGGUGAAGACGUCACGAUCUGUCCACCUCCGGGCCCCCGACUGGAGAACAAAUGGAGCUGGGCGCAAAGUCAGCCAUCUUUAUGGCUUUGGAUUGGUGGAUGCCGAAGCUAUGGUCGUUGAAGCCAAGAAAUGGAAAACUGUCCCAUCGCAACAUGUCUGUAUAGGAGCCUCCGACCGAAGGCCAAGGUUUAUCAGAGCUGACCAGCUGAUUCGCACUACAAUUCAGACCAAUGCUUGCACAGAUAACAGUGGGCAACAUGUGGCAUACCUUGAGCAUGUUGUUGUCAGAGUUACCAUAUCACACCCACGAAGAGGAGACCUGCAAAUCAACCUAAUUUCUCCAUCAGGGACAAAGUCCCAGCUGUUAGCCAGACGGACAUUUGACUACUCCAAUGAAGGAUUUAAGAGCUGGGAGUUUAUGACCGUCCAUUGCUGGGGAGAAAAAGCUGAAGGUGAAUGGAUGCUAGAAAUUCAUGAUAUCCCAUCUCAGUUGCGCAAUCCAGAGGCUCAAGGGAGGCUGAAAGAAUGGACAUUGAUUCUUUAUGGCACAGAUGAGCAUCCAUACAAUGCCAUUAGUUUUCAUAACUCAAGGUCUAAAGCCCUGGACUUAUCUGCAGCUGAUCAGGAGCCUUCUAAAUCUGCAGUCUUUCAGAAUCCCCUGGAAUUUGAGGAAGAAGACGAGUAUUCAGGUACAAGUCUAGGGUAUGCCAAUAUUUUAUGGACUUGUCCAUGCCACACAGAGUGUGGCGACAGAGGAUGCGACGGGGCCGGCGCUGAUCAGUGUCUCAACUGUGUUCACUAUAGUCUUGGCAGUGUCAAAUCUGGCAGGAAGUGUGUGAGUACCUGUCCGUCUGGGUUCAUGGUAGACGUGGCUGGCAGAAGGUGCAGGCGCUGCCAUAGAGGGUGUGAAUCCUGUUUUGGACGCAGUCAGAACCAGUGCAGUUCCUGUAAGAGAGGCUUCUACGUUCAGCCUGAGAGCAGUUCCUGUACAACCACAUGUUCAGCCGGAGCAUAUGCCGAUGAAAGUCUCAGACGAUGCCUCAAAUGUCACCAGAAUUGCAAGAAAUGUCUUGGAUAUCCUGAUAAGUGUGUAGUCUGCAGAGAAGGCUUCAGCCUUUCAGGUUCCAUGUGUGUACCAGAGUGUGAGCCAGGCACUUUUUUCAACACGGAUUUCAUGAAAUGUGACAAGUGCCACUCAACCUGCCAGUCAUGUGUGGGAACUGGGAAGGACCAGUGUACUCAAUGCACCAAAGAUUACCACCUGCAUGACUGGCGCUGUGUGCCAACGUGCAGCACAGGCUUUUAUUCAGAAGCUGUUCCUGGGCUGCCCCACAAAGUUUGCCGAAAAUGUGAAGAAAACUGUCUGAUGUGUGAAGCCACAGGCAAGAAUUGUGUCCGGUGCAAGGAGGGCUACAGUUUGCUCAGUGGAUCAUGUGUUACGAAUCAUACAUGUAGUAAUGCGGAUGAUAUGUUCUGUGAGAUGGUGAAGUCCAGUAAGCUCUGUGAGCGGAAGCUCUUCAUUCAAUUUUGUUGCCGGACGUGUAUGCUAGCAGGCUGACCAUGUUUUUAGAAGUUUCGUCACCUUCUCAAGUUGGAGUGACUUCUGCCGGUGGAGUCCAGAUCGCCCACUUCUGGCUAUGGUGCUAUCUUGAUGGCAUUGAUCCAUUUCAUGCCAAAACUGACAAGGGAUGUAUUUCAAGGAUUUCUGCUUGACAUACCUUGUAAUGUACUGCAUUGCUAAACAUGCUCCACCCACAAAAGAGGUUUAUGGAGCUGGACCAGACUUCAGGCAGCAUUCUGGAUUUAAAUCUUAAUCUGUACAAAGCAAGAGCUUUUUUAUUUUUUUUUAUUUUUUGCCACAGCUUCAAACAUCAAUUCCCACCAUCUUAUCCUUCAUUUUUUUCUAUGUGCUAAUGGAUACUGUGGUGGACAGACACAUAGGAGGGCUACAUAAUGUGAACUU